UUUCUGGAAAUGGAGAAAAUGGAAAGACCGUUGUUUACCUUGUGGCUUUCCAUCUGUUCUUUGUUAUGUUUGUAUGGUCCUAUUGGAUGACAAUUUUCACAUCUCCCGCUUCCCCCUCCAAAGAGUUCUACUUGUCCAAUUCUGAAAAGGAACGUUAUGUGAAGGAAUUCAGCCAGGAAAGACAACAAGAGAUUUUGAGGAGAGCAGCGAGAGCCUUACCUGUCUACACCACGUCGGCUUCAAGAACUAUCAGAUAUUGUGAAAAAUGUCAGUUGAUUAAACCUGACCGGGCGCAUCACUGCUCAGCAUGUGACACAUGUAUUCUUAAGAUGGAUCAUCACUGUCCUUGGGUGAAUAACUGUGUGGGAUUUUCUAAUUACAAAUUCUUCCUGCUGUUUUUAUUGUAUUCCCUAUUAUAUUGCCUUUUCGUGGCUAUGACAGUUUUAGAGUACUUUAUAAAAUUUUGGACGAAUGAACUAACAGAUACACGUGCAAAAUUCCACGUGCUUUUUCUUUUCUUUGUGUCUGCAAUGUUCUUCAUCAGCAUCCUCUCACUUUUCAGCUACCACUGCUGGCUAGUUGGGAAAAAUAGAACAACAAUAGAAUCAUUCCGUGCACCCACAUUUUCAUACGGACCUGAUGGAAAUGGUUUCUCUCUUGGAUACAGUAAAAAUUGGAGACAAGUCUUUGGCGAUGAAAAGAAAUAUUGGCUACUUCCAGUAUUUUCAAGCUUGGGUGAUGGCUGCAGUUUCCCAACUCGCCUUGUGGGAAUGGAUCCAGAGCAAGCUUCUAUCACAAACCAGAAUGAAUAUGCCAGAAGUAUUGGCUCAAAUCAACCUUUUCCUAUCAAACCACUUAGUGAAUCAAAAAACCGCUUGUUGGACAGUGAAUCUCAGUGGCUAGAGAAUGGAGCAGAAGAAGGCAUUGUCAGAUCAGGGACAAAUAACCAUAUUACAGUGGCAAUAGAAAAUUGAGUACCACUUGUUCAUAACUAACCAUUUGAAUAAGAACAAGGUAUAUAAAAACACGUUAUGGACUGAUAUUUUCAAUUUUAUUUGCAAGAAAAUGACAAAUGGAAUUAAAUCAUUGAGUAUAAAUGAAGAUAUAUUUUUUAGAAAAGGAAGCCUUUGUACAGCGUGCUGGAUCCACAGAAGUACUACUCUGGAGCAGAACAAUGCCUUAAUCUUAAGUGUCUGUCUGUGCAACAUUGAUUUACAGCUAUAGAAGUGACUUAAUUUUACUUUGGAAAUAACAGUUGAUAUGAGAUGUCAUAAUAUGAGCUAUUAUCACAUGUUGACAUGGCAUAUGUACUUUUUUUUUUUUUUCUUUUAUUUAAGUUGACCAGUAAGGGGAUCCUAACCCUUGACUUGGUGUUGUCAGCACCACGCUGUCCCAAGUGAGCCACGGGCUGGCCCCAUAUGUACUUUUUUGAUGCCUGAGUUACAUUAUUAGAGGUGUUUCUUAGUAUCCAUGUAAAUUUUCACUACAAAACCACAAGCUAAAAACUUGUCUUGCGUGAAGUACAUCUAGGGCAAAUGGUAGCUGAAUUUGAUUAAUAGCCAAUUUACUGUUGCUUGAACUGUAUAAGGAAAAGAAAACAACUGCUUUUUUUAAUUGGGUGUUUGCUAAUUUAUAAUUACUGUUUUAUACUUUUCAACCUUUUUAUUAAAGAUUUUUUUAUUGUUGGCUAUAAAAUAAAACUCAGAAGGAUUCAGAUAUCAAAAUUUAAUCACAUAGAACGUGGAACACAUUUGUAUAAUUCACUGAAGGCUUAGUUAUUAGCAUUAAUACAACCGUGUAGUGUAGUAUAUGCCCACUGCUUAAAGGAAACUUGGCAGUAUAAGAAAUAUUUGGGGUUCUGCCUGCUUUUUAACUAUCUUUUUUGUUGAACUUUCAGGGGUAUAUUUAUAUGCAGGGAAACACAAAGGUACAUGUGCUGUAGAAAUAUUGGACACAGUAGGAAGAGGUGGAAGUGGCUGGAAGAAGAGCAGAGAGAAAGAUAGGCAGGAUAUUUUAAGCUGUAAAAAACUAUUUUCAGUCUUAAAGAUAUGUAGAAUAAAACAUGCUGUUGAGUUCACUUUCAAAUUCAAAUUUAGGUAACCACUAAAAAUUUCUUUGAAUAACAGCUUAAACAGUGACUUAGAAUGCAAUUCAAACUACGCAAGAAACUGUUUAGAAUAAUAGGGUUCUUAGGAAGAAAUUGUAACAUGAGUAGUCAUUUAAAAUUGCCAGUCUCUGAGAAGUGGAUUACACUCUACAAUGUAAAAUCUUGAACCUGGCUUCCUAUCAGCAACCCUUUUCUGACUAGACACAUUUCUUCUUUUCCCAUUUAAAAUCUAAACAAAUUGACAGGAAUUCUAAAGAAAAGUACAGUAUUCUAUGAAAGAUGAACAGUGUCGAAAUAUUACUCAUUUAUACUGUUCAGUUAAACACACACACACACACACAGUGAUUGCUUCCAGUAGGUUAGGAGGAAUAAAUCUUACCAGCAUCUGUAAGCAUCAAUGGUUAUAGUUUCUUUGUCUCUAAAAUGAGAUUGCAGGGGAAGGGAGUGUUGUGAAUGAGUUGCACUGGAUGACUUCUGACAGUCUGCCAUGCCUCAUUUUUCAAAAUAACCUUUUCAUUCAUCCAACAAAUAUUUUUAGAGUACCUUCUGUAUGGCCAAACAAUGUAUUAGAGAGAGCUCUAUAAUUUCCUAAUGUAGCAUAAAUUUUAUAGUUGCUAUUGCAGUUUUACAA